AUGAUUACGUUUUUAGUACUUCUUUGCAUAGAUAUUGACAAAAGUUGUUAUUCAAGUGACGGAAAAAACCUUACAAAAGUUAAUGACACAUCACCAGAACUCAGAAUAUCAUCUACAUGCGAAAUUAUUAAUCGUAGAUGCUUUUACGAUCUUAACACUUUGUUUUCCUUUUCAUUUGAAGAAAAUCCAAACUUAACAACAAUUGAAAGUUAUAGUUUUUCUUCAUGUUCAAAUCUUACCAUAAUAAAUCUAUCUUCAUGCACAAAACUAACAAAAAUUUCUUCUAAUGCAUUUGAUGGAUGCAUAAAUGUCAAUCAGAUAAUUUUACCAGAAGGACUCUUAGAAAUAGGAGACUAUGCAUUUCAAUAUAUUUAUCAAUUGACCAAUAUUAUCAUACCAGCAUCCGUUAAAAUAAUAGGAUAUCGAUCAUUUUGUAUGUGUAAUGAACUGCAAAAUGUUUCUUUUCCAGUUGGAUCAAAUUUAACUUCAUUAACAACUGAUGUAUUUGCUGGUACUAAAAUCACUUCGUUUCAAAUUCCGGAAAAAGUCUCCGAUAUCGACGGAGAAGCAUUUGGAUCCAAAAAAUUUACAAAUAUUUCAGUACAUCCUAAUAAUAACUACUUAAUAUUAGAUGGGAAUGCUGUUUAUUCAAAAAAUAAAAGUAUUUUAUAUUUUAUUUGUAACAAAACAGAAUAUGAAAUUCCAAACACAGUCACGACUAUUGGAUAUAAUUGCUUUUCAUAUUCAUCUAUUGAAACUAUAAUAAUCCCAAAUUCAGUAACAACUAUUGAAGGGCUGUGUUUUCAUGAUUCACAUAUCAAAACUAUUGAAAUUCCAAAUUCAAUCACAAGUAUUAAUGAACUGUGCUUUUAUUCUUCAUAUAUCGAAACAGUUAUAAUUCCAAAUACAACCACAACUAUUGGAAAGGGGUGCUUUUCAGGUUCAAUUAUUAAAACAAUUAUAAUUCCAAAUACAGUCACAACAAUUGGAGAAGAUUUCUUAUUACAUUGUGACAUCAAAUCAGUUAUAAUUCCAAAUUCAGUCACAACUAUUGGGGUGCAAUCCUUUUAUGGCUCCUCUCUCGGAUCAAUUAUAAUUCCAUCAAGUGUGAAAAGGAUUGAAAUUGGUGCUUUCGAAUAUUGUAAUGAAUUAAGAAAUGUUACUUUUUUAGGUCCAGUAGACUACAUUGGUGAAUAUGUAUUUGAUUAUUGUGGAAGUCUUAAAUUAAUUAUUUUUCCUAAUUCAACAAUGACUGUUACAGUAUCUGAUUUUGUAUCAACAAAUAUGCCAAAUGUCAAAUUGUCAUUCACUUACAAAACUCUAUUUUAUCAUUCUCAAGUAUAUGUUUUUGAUUCAAUUAAAAGAAAUACAAAAGUUUCAAUUUCAUAUCUGAAUGAAUCAAAUCUUAUUAUUACACAAUGUGGCUUGAUUUAUGGAUUCUAA